UGCAUGCAGCGAGAGUGCUCAUUAUGGUAAGUAUCGGAUUCACUUUAACAUCGCAAAUCUGUUAAUACUUUUGCUCGUGCAUAAUGUGGCUCAUAACUACGAUAUCUUUAAUUAUUUUUACACAAUACAUGUGUUUAUAUGCCGCGAGUGAAAACAUUUUCACUGUUGAAGAAAACUAUGCACGUAAUCGAUCAAGUUCCUGCAUUUUCGGCGUUCAGUCAGUGUCAAUACUUAUGUUCAACAGUGAUACUCCUCAGGGUCAAUCUGUCGAUAUAAACGAAUCCUGCGAUUUUGUCGAUCCAUCAAAACCAGUUGCCUUCCUGACGCAUGGUUUUCUCGCACAUUCAAACUGGACUAAUUAUUACAAACUUGCCUCUCAACUGUUAAAAAAAGAGUAUACAGUAUUUUCGUUAGAUUGGUCCAAUGCAUCGUGCUAUAAUGAUCCAAUCGUCCUGAGAUUGCUGGAGUAUCCCAGUGCAAUGAGCAAUACUGUCGAAGUUGGUAAUUACUUGGCAAGUUACAUCAAAUCGGUGAUCGACGUGUGUGAUGUUCCAUUGAAAAGCAUCACACUUGUGGGUCAUAGUCUCGGCGCGCAUAUAAAUGGCUUUGCCGCGAAGAACAUUAAGAAAUCGAUUUCUGGCAAGAUCCCGCUUCUCAUUGGUACCGAUCCCGCAGCUCCCCCGUUCAUGUUUCAAAGUUGCCCAAAUCGAUUUUGCAUUGAAGACGCCGAUCGUGUAAUAGCUUUCCAUACGUCGCCUCUCGGGAUACCAUACUCUAUAGCUCACCUUGAUUUGUGGUUCAAUAACGGAAUGCUCCAACCGGGAUGCGAGUUAUUCGGCUUCAAUGUCGAAUGCUCUCAUAACAUAGCUGUUGAGUACUUGGCUCAUAUGUUGUUAAAUAAUUGUAACUUUAUUGGUGUUCCUACGAAGCAUCUUAUUUCAACACCUUUAAGAUUUGUGCCCAAAUGUCCUGUUCCUGACAAAAUCAGCUGUAUCAGUAUAAAUGACAAAAUAUUCGAUAGUAAUAAUUCUAUAAAAGGAAAUUACUGUGUACACGUUAAAUCGCAAUCUCCUUAUUGUACUGGAAGUUCUAGUAGCUGUCUACAAUAAAUUCUCCUGCAAAUUCAGGUUAAAUUUAUUACAA